UAUUAGCUUCAGCGAGAUGCUUCUGCGUUUUCAGUUUCAGUCACUUUUCAAGCCUUGUCGAAAGCACAUACUUAUUAAAACCGAAGUAUAUACAUACAUAUGUACAUAAAUAGUGUUAUUUGAAAAUAUCUGUGGCUUGCUGCGUUAAUCCGAUUAUUAAUUUUUUAAGAUAAAAUUAUUGUUGGUUUAAUCUACAUACCACUUCGUAUCUCUCUGUCGAUGUUAAAAAAUCUUUAAACAUAACAUAAUGAAUAAACAUAAAACAUAAACAGAUGAAUAUUUAAAAACAGAUGAUACAUAUUGAUGUAUAUGGUUAAUUUUCGAUAGUUCAAUUCGCACCGACAGCGAUAAAAUACAACAAAACUGAACAAAAAACCUUUAAAACAACAAAUCUUGGAUACGAUCAAUAAAAAAUAUUUUGAGUGUUUAUUUGAAUAUUUUUUCAACAGAAUAAAGGUUUAACCACAUAUUGUAGUUGUCAAGACAGAUGCAAUUAAAAAAUAAAAGAAUUAAUUAAGUAGUAUAAUAAAUAAAUAAAACAAUACAACGCAAUUAAAGCAGUGCUAUGGUUUUAUUGUUCAAAAUAUUUGUAACAUUAAGAUGAUUGGCCUUUUACCAUUUUUCGUGAUCCUUCUGGUGUCAUCCGGAAUAGAUAGUUCUAAAUUUCACUGCGUUAACAACAACGAUAUUAUUUCACAUGACCCAAAAACAAAUGAAUUGGAAAUUGGACUACAAAUGACCAAUCGACCUUUACACCAGGUGAUCACGCGUAUAUUCUUCAUGUUUUUAAAAGAUGUGUUAGGUUACAGAAAUGUUCGAAUUGUUCCGAUAAAUACUUAUGAUGCCUGGACGACGUUGGAUUUAGUUAGGCGAGAUAAUCGGCACCCAAAUAUCAGUAUGAUUAAUUUACAAGCUUGGAUGCCAUAUACUUUUGGUGCCUUACCUGGGAAUGUUUUAGAUGCGGGUGCCUCAAUAACGCUUGGUCGGUUUGGCUGGUUUGUACCGAUAUCAAAAGGUACAAAGGACAUGUUACCAUACGAAAGCUUACAUUACGAAAUCUUUCAACAUGUCAACAAUACGUAUUAUGAUCUCUAUAUAAUGGAAGAUAGCGUACUAAAUGAACUUAUACAAAUUAGCAGCGCUCAGGUGUAUAGAAAUCCGAACUGCGAUGGAUACAAAUGUGUAACAAUAUUAGCAGAGUUCAGAAACGAUUCUAGUUUUGUUGAGGAUCAGUUGAAUGAAACUGCCAUGAUGGUUAAUGUACUUUGGAUUGGUGAAAAGUUUAGAGAGACAAUUGACUGGCUUAUCAGAAAGUACGAACAGAAAUUUUCCGAUGGAUCCAAACGACUGAUUAUUUUGCAUUGGACCCCAUCCGAAAUAAUAUUUUCCCAGAACACUUUUCAACAAAUCACAAUGCCAAGAUGUGAAGAUUAUACGUACUUACAGCGCUCAGGUUGCAAAUAUGAGCUUACUCCAAUUUUAAAAUACUACGCUAAGAGUUUGGCAUCUGACAAGCAACUUAUGUAUGCACUACGGUAUUUUAAUUUAUCUGACAAACAUUUGUCAAAUAUUAGAAUGGAUCUAAAGUAUUAUCGAAAGGAUCUGAGUAUUUCUGCUACUGAAAUUUACGAUAAAACUGCAUGCCAUUGGCUUUUGGAAAAUAAAAACUAUUACAAUUUGUGGAAGGAAAGCAAUCAACCUAUUACUCUAUUGAUUGGUGGUAUAUUUCCAAUUAAUAUAACUAAUAGAGGACAUGAAAAUGUAAUGAAUGUAGCAAAACAUGCGGCAUCAGCAAUUAAUAAAGACCAAACAAUACUGCCUGGCUAUCAUUUGGAAAUCUUAGUAAACAAUGGGCAAUGCAAGUCGGAUAUGGUUAUGAAGUCCUUUAUACACUAUUACAGUAUUCCAAAUAUGCUGGGUGUUUUAGGACCGGCGUGUAGCGAAACUGUAGAACCAAUAGCUGGUAUUUCAAAACACAUGAAUAUGAUGAUAAUGUCUUAUUCAGCAGAAGGUGCUACCUUAAGUAACCGCGAAGCCUAUCCAAAUUUUUUUCGUACAAUUGGCUCAAAUUGGUUGUUUGUUGAUGCAUAUCUCGAUAUCAUGGAGCAAUUUAAAUGGAGUCGUGUUGCAUCUUUAACGGAAAAUGAAUCCAAUGAUAAUACAUCCCACAUGGAGAAGAAAUUAAAACUUCGAAAUUUUACUCUUAUUAUUAAUCGAAAGUUACAACCUGUUGUCACACCGAUGGAAAUGAAAGAGCAUCUACAUAAAUUAAAAGAAGCUCAUGCUAAAAUUAUAAUUGCAGACAUUGUACAUGUACAAAAUGCUGCAAUCGUAUUUUGUGAAGCGCACAAGUUAGGGAUGACCCAACAAGAUGAUUAUAUUUGGUUUCUCCCACCUUGGCUACCAAAAGAUUUUCAAAUGUGGCAAAGAAUGGUUAACAGUAGCUGUUCUGCUAGUGAGCUGAGAAAUGCAAUCGAAGGUCACUUUAGUGUAAGACACUCUCCAUUUGGUAACCCUGAAGCACUAAUGCAGGAAGGAAAGCCAAUAAGGGCUUGGUUAGAUGAAUAUAGAAACCAAUCUGGAGAGCCUUCGAACUAUGCCGGCUUUACAUACGACGCUGUUUGGGCCUAUGCGAUUGCCGCACACAAAUUGCUCCUUAAGGACCAAUAUGCUGUCAAUUAUUUAAGAAAUACUGAGGUUGUAAAUCGGUUCAGGGAAUUAAUUGGGCAAACUAAUUUUGAAGGGUUGUCCGGUAAUGUGUCCUUUGCCCAAGGAGAGCUUGGGGGAUCCCGUAUUAUCGACUUGGACAUUUUACAGUGGAAAAAUUCUAGUCUUGCAAAAGUGGGAAAGUUCAAGCCUAGCGUAAAUGGUAAGGGAGCCAGUAUGCAUGUUUGCGGAGGUAAUUUAUCGUUGAACUUAAAAAAUAUAUUAUGGUUAAAGGGUGUGGUGCCAGAGGAUGGAAGAUAUGACUGCCGGUUCUCAAGAUUAGCUCGUACAUUGCGAGUGAACUGUGAUAUUGCUGCGAUGUUUUUCGCGAUAGUAUUGUGUUUACUUGCAAUAUCUAUAAUAUCAUUUACGUCAUUCUGGUUUUGGAAGAAACGCUAUAGCCGGAAAAUGAAACGAUCGGCACAGAUCAUGAAAAUGUUUGGGAUAGACCUGCUAUCUCCAUCGCAGAAUAAAACUAACACUUUAGAUAAAUGGGAAAUUCCAAAGGAGAAUGUUGUGGUUAACCGUCGGUUAGGAGAGGGUGCAUUUGGAAUGGUUUACGGUGGAGAAGCACAGAUAACUUCUGGUCAGUGGACUGCUGUAGCAGUAAAAACGCUGAAGUCUGGGCAGUCUAUGGAAGAUCGAUUGGACUUCUUGUCAGAAGCAGAGGCUAUGAAGAAAUUUGAUCACAAAAACAUUAUAAAGCUAUUAGGCGUUUGCUUGCAAAAUGAACCAAUAUAUACAAUAAUGGAGUUCAUGUUAUACGGCGAUUUAAAAACUUAUCUAUUGGCUCGCAGGAAUAUGGUGAAAGAGAAGAUUACAGAUGAAUCUGAUAUCUCAGCAAAGCGUCUUACGCUGUAUGCUAUGGAUGUUGCAUGUGGUCUUGCUUACUUGGCUGAAAAGAAGUACGUUCAUCGUGAUAUCGCGCUUAGAAAUUGCCUAGUUAAUGCCCAGCGGGUUGUCAAAAUAGCAGAUUUUGGUAUGGCUCGUCCAACGUUUGAGAGUGACUAUUAUAGGUUUAACAGAAAGGGGGCUCGUAAGCUUUUUCCUGUUCGUUGGAUGCCACCAGAAACACUAGCCCUAGGAUUGUUUACUCCAGCUUCUGAUAUAUGGUCAUUCGGUGUGGUACUCUAUGAAGUAAUUUCAUUCGGUUCAUAUCCAUACCAAGGUUUAACUAAUAAUCAGGUGCUUGAAUAUGUUAAGAAUGGUAAAACGAUGCAUAUACCGUUAGGUGUUAAGCCCCAACUAGAGGGUCUCUUAAAGGCAUGCUGGAGCCAGGAAGCAAGCAAACGUCCUACUGCUUUGGAGGUUGUGGAGUACAUUUCCAACUACCCUCGACUAUUAACUCCUGCUCUUGAAGUCCCUGCCACUUCUAUUGAAUUGCCGGAAAGUCAAUCUGAUCAAAUACAGGAAUGUGAGGAAUUGAGCAAUUUAAACACUUCGGCCAAUACUAAGCCCGAUACAAUAUUCAAACCUCUUUGUGAUACUGGUUCGUUUACACCCAUAACCCCAGAUGGAUACAGUAUAAUGUCCCCACUCUUAAUGCCCCAAGUGAGUUAAUUGUUACUUGUUAUAUUUUAUUUGGUCUAAUUUGCCUACAACAUUUACAAAACAAAUAAGAAAUCGCUAUGCAAAUAAUAGCAUUGCACAUACAUUCCUAACAUUUAGAGUCUUUGAUAUGGUAAAUGAUUUUGUAAUUAAUUAAGCUUCUUAAUUUUAAUCAAAUUUGUGGCUUAUGUUUAGUUUUAUUUUGUAAUUUCCUAUUUUGCACAUAUUGCACUAUAUAAUACUUUCGUUAUAUAAAUUUGUAUGUUGCCUCUCCCCGUUGUAAUAUGUACUGUAUUGUACUAUUGUAAUAUAAAUUAUAGUUGUUAAAAAAAAUAUAUUACUGGCCAUUUCCAUGAUGUAGCACGGGA